UGGACGAAAGGGAGGGAUUGAAUGAGCCUGACGCUAUUUUUGUAUCGUUGGAGUUUAAACUUUGCCAUCUAGUAGGGGAAAAAAAAGAAGAGGUUUUGACUGGACAGACGGACCAGAGACUGGAGAAGAAAAUAACCGUACUCAACUUCGCGGCAAGCAAAAACCUUUUGGGAUUGGAAACAAUUGGCUAAACCGAAUCAACACUGGAGAACGCUGUCAGGAGUGGUCAUGGCCUGCCCCAAUCUUGAUGGCGUGGAGUUGCUGGAUCUCCUUUUUGAUGGGCAGGACGGAGUCCUUCGCAAUGUGGAGCUGGGAUCCUCAGAGGCCCCUUGGAUGGCACAAGAAGGCAGGGAUUUGCUGAACCCUCAAGAGAACGAAGACUUCAUCAACUCCAUCUUAGGAGCGGCAAACACUGUCCUUGAUUCUCCAAGCUGGUCUCCAGCUGCCAGUGACAGUGGCAUAUCUGAGGAUCCAAACUCUGAUCAGCUAGACAGCCCUCCACAUUACCUUCCAACUGGAAGUCCAGAGGCCUACUCCGAUGGUGACCUGGCCUAUGCGCCAUGCCAGGACUCCUGCCAAGCCUUACCUGUCCUAAAAGGACCAGCCACCGAGCUGAGAGAGAUGGACAUCUCCAUAGACUUCAAUAUGUGGGCUGCUGGUUUUUAUCCAGAGGAGAGACAAAUAACAGGUGCCGCCCAUCAAAACCCACCCUCCUGCAUGCUCACAAUUAAGGAUCUCCUGCUUUCCAACAACUCUGAAAUGCACCAGCAGGCUAUCAACUCCUCGAUGAUGAGACAAGCCCCAGGCACCUGCCAGGAGCUGGUGCUGACCGAGGAUGAGAAAAAAUUGCUGGCUAAGGAAGGGGUGAUGCUUCCCACCCAGCUGCCUCUCACCAAGUAUGAUUUGAUGGCUUAUUUGUACCCUGUGACCAUCAUUAAGUGUUUGUACCUGAUGAUCCUUGAUUCUUGA